AUGGCCGCCUAUAGCAAGUACCUGACCGCGCGUCAUUCCGUGGUGGCCGGCGCGGCCGCCUGCGUCCUGCUGUGCCUGCUCAAGAAGCGCCGGAGAGCGGCUGCUAAGCACAGGGGCCACAACAAGAACAAGGAGAGAGAAGGCAGGUGGCUUUCAGUGAGCCACCUUCCACUUUACCUGAAGAUGAAGUUGACACAACAGUUGCAUGUGGUGGUUUGCAGUGCUAUCAUUGGUCGCAGCAGAAAAGAUUUCAAGAAGUACUUAUUCAACUUCAUCGCUGCCAUGCCUGCUAUCUCCCUGGUAAAUAACUUUUUGAAGUAUGGGCUAAAUGAACUUAAACUUUGUUUCCGAGUAAGACUCACCAAAUACCUCUAUGAGGAAUAUCUACAGGCUUAUACGUAUUACAAAAUGGGAAAUCUGGACAACAGAAUAGCUAAUCCAGAUCAACUGCUCACACAGGAUGUGGAAAAAUUCUGUAACAGUGUAGUGGACCUCUACUCAAACCUUAGUAAGCCAUUUUUGGAUAUAGUUUUGUAUAUCUUCAAGCUGACAAAUGCAAUAGGAGCUCAGGGUCCAGCUACCAUGAUGGCCUACUUGAUAGUUUCAGGCUUUUUCCUUACGCGUCUAAGGAGGCCCAUUGGCAAGAUGACAAUUGCUGAACAAAAAUAUGAAGGGGAGUACAGAUUUGUCAAUUCACGGCUCAUUACAAACAGUGAAGAAAUUGCUUUUUAUAAUGGGAAUUUAAGGGAAAAACAGACGAUUCACAAAACCUUUCAUAAACUGGUGGAACAUUUGCAUAAUUUCAUCUUGUUUCGGUUUUCUAUGGGAUUCAUAGAUACUAUUAUUGCCAAAUACCUAGCUACUGUGGUUGGUUACCUGGUCGUUAGUCGUCCGUUUCUGAACCUAGCUCAUCCUCGUCAUCAAAAGAGUACCCAUUCAGAACUCCUAGAGGAUUACUACCAAAGCGGAAGAAUGUUGUUGAGAAUGUCUCAAGCUCUGGGCAGAAUAGUCCUGGCAGGCCGUGAAAUGACCAGAUUGGCUGGCUUCACAGCUCGAAUUACAGAAUUAAUGCAAGUACUAAAGGACUUGAACAGGGGCAGAUAUCAGCGUACUAUGAUAUUGCAACAUGAAAAAGAUGGAGAUAGAACCCAAACGAUUCCCUUGAUACCUGGGAGUGGAGAAAUUAUCAACACUGAUAAUCUUAUCAAGUUUGAUCAUGUUCCAUUAGCAACGCCUAAUGGAGACAUUUUGAUUCGAGACCUUAAUUUUGAGGUUCGGUCUGGUGCAAAUGUUCUGAUUUGUGGGCCAAACGGAUGUGGGAAGAGUUCACUUUUCCGUGUUCUUGGCGAGUUGUGGCCUCUGUUUGGUGGAUGUCUAACCAAGCCUGAGAGAGGAAAGCUUUUCUAUGUUCCUCAGAGACCAUAUAUGACGCUAGGAACCCUCAGAGACCAAGUAAUAUAUCCAGAUACCGUAGAAGACCAGAGGAAGAAGGGGAUAGCUGACCAGGUGCUGAAGGAGUACUUGGAUAAUGUCCAGUUGGGUCAAAUCCUGGAACGUGAAGGUGGCUGGGAUAGUGUUCAAGACUGGAUGGAUGUGCUCAGCGGAGGAGAAAAACAGAGGAUGGCAAUGGCAAGGUUAUUUUAUCAUAAACCUCAGUUUGCAAUUCUGGAUGAAUGUACAAGUGCUGUUAGCGUUGAUGUAGAAGGCUACAUUUACAGUCAUUGCCGGAAAGUUGGCAUCACUCUCUUCACUGUCUCUCACAGAAAGUCCCUCUGGAAACACCACGAUUUUUACCUGCACAUGGAUGGUAGAGGAAAUUACGAGUUCAAGAAGAUAACUGAAGACACAGUUGAAUUUGGAUCUUAAAAUCCAUAAAGCUGCAACUACUACAGAGACUGAUAAUUACAGAGAACAUGUAGAAAGGAAAA